GGCUGUGAAUUUAUAACCUCAAAGUAACUUCAGUUCGAUUCGAAGUUGGAGCGGUUUCCGAUAAUUUAAAUUAAAACAACAAACGAGUAAUUAUUAAAAGAUUGGUAUUGUUAAUGUUAAGGAGUUUCUUUACAGAUAUGGAUGAUGCUAGGGAGCCUUAUUUUACAACAGUAUUGCCUGAGAAAGUGUUUGAGGAUGUUGGUAUCACUGCUCAGUGGCUGGGCAUUGACAGAAUAGGAGUGCACACCUACAAGAAGCCAACACAGAAAGUUGACGCUGAGAGUAGCUUUGCUCCAUGUGACGCGAAAGUAUACCAUCUUAGGACAGACACUGUCUUAUUUGAUCCGAUAGUCAGAAAGCUGGUGAAUGAGUCUAAUGCGACCUUCAUCGCAGGUCAAAAGAUUACUCCUAGCGCAGGAGCUCGACCUGAAACCCUGAAGCUCAGCAUUCAAUACAGGUCCAUUAUUCGAGCUUGCAUUGAAGAUCUCCAAAAAGAGUCUAUGAAGCCCAAAAAAGAGAUGUACCAACAAUAUGUUUCCAUAUUUUACAACAUCGAGUUUAUAUGGCAUCUUACUGAGAUUCUGCUUGUGAAUGCUCUUCCAGGUGAUAUCGUUCUACCACAUCUUCGGGAGUGGAUCAGGUUCCAUUUUCCCAGUGGAGAUUUGUUAGCUUCGCAGAUUGUAAAAGGAAGGGCAGAAACUGGUGCUGAGGCCAGACACCCUGACUAUUGGCCUACUGUCAUCACUCUCCUGUUGCAGGGGUCCAUAGACAGUGCUCGUACCAUGUUGAAGCUACAUUCUCAAUGUGACAGUGAAGUAUUCCUGGAGGCAGAUAAGGUGCUGGGGACCAUGCCAGAGUACAGUGUGUACGGAGGAUUGUCAGUUUCAGAGUUCAAUUCCAGAUUCAGCUCAUGGCAGGCUGAACUGAUUAAUAAGGUGAAUGCAGGAGUUUUCUCAUCUUCGAAGAAUCUUCAAAAUAUUAUGAAUAUGAUCAGUGGCGAGUCUGUAUUGGAGAUGAAGCAGUAUUGCAGCACUUGGUACGAGCUUAUGGUAGCAUCUCUGAUGUACACAGAACCAACGGUCAAAUCCUUUGAUCUCAGUUUCCAUGCCAACAAGUGUAUCAUGCAGUUUGGUGGUGCUGCUAGGCUCAGUCUAACAGACCAUAUUGUGUUGUCCUUGCUUGAAUGCAAUCUGCAUGAUGUGAUCAAGAAACUACAGUCCACAUGUGAUAGCGGUUGGGCCGCAGCUCAUCUCACCAAUCUAUUGUUCCACUGUGGCAGGCUCAAUGUCAUUGACAGUAAAAUCAUGAGUGGAAUGCCCCAGCGGAUUGACGAAGAGUUAGUGUUGGAGUAUGGCACUUUGUUAAUGUCACACAAGUCUCUGUGGCAGGCAGGGGUUAGCUAUUUAGAUCAUUGUCCGACCUUGGGAGCCCCCCGCCUCCACUUGCUACUACCCCGCCUUAACCCCCGCACAGAAGCCAAGGCCCACAAGAUAAUACAGAUCGCUCUAGAUCGGAAUAUGCCAGAUGUGGCGGCAGGAGUGUGUAAGGUGGAAGGCAUGAAGAGUCUGAAGCGUCGCCGGCUGGGGCAUGCCCUGAACUGGGCACUUCAGUCACAAGACUCAGGCUUUGCAGCUUUCCUGGCAGAUAAGGUGCUGGAAUUUUACGCCAGGGAAGGGGUCUUGGGCUCACUGGACUUGCUGGACAACCUGGGUUCCUGUAUGCUAGUCUGUGACCGCCUCACCUUUCUAGGCAAAUAUUGUGAGUUUCACCAAGUGUACCGUAGUGGAGAGCUCAAGAAAGCUGCUGGCCUCCUAGUCUCUCUGCUCGCAUCCAAGAUUUGUCCCAAAUAUUUCUGGCUCACACUUCUCACUGAUGCACUUCCACUGCUAGAGACCCAGGACAGUCCUGUAUUUUCCUACAAGGAUACCUGUGAACUUAUCGCCUGUCUGGAGGAGCUGGUGAUGGAGGGCUCUGAUCAUCCUCGCUCAGCUCCUCUUUCCGAUGACAAGAACCGCCUCAUUCGCUUGGCUCUUACAAAGAACUUAGUGCGUGCCUGUGUUCACGAUCCUUCCCACUGUGUUUAGUAAAUGUUCUCUGUACAGUUUUUAUUAAAUGUUUUAUAUUUUUC